UUUCACAUCGUAUUAAAAGCAACGGGAAAUUAUAAGAGUAUCAACAGCAAAUAAAAAAAAUAUAUUCUCCUUUGCCAUACUCAAAAUUGAAUGCCAGAGUAGAGAGUAGAUUAAAUUCAAAUCUAAAGGGGGAGUAAAGGGAAAUUGAUAAAAUUGUUUGUGCUUAUCACUGCAAAUGAACACCAACAAGAAAACAAAUGUGAUUGAGUUUGUAUAAGCAACAAAAUAAAAAAAGAAAAAAAAAAAAUAAAUCUUUGAAUAAAAUCGAUUUACCUUAACAAAGUUUUGUUAAGAAAGAGCCAAUAAAUAGUUGAGGUGCCAAGAGCAAAAAGUGGUAAAAAUUCAAAAAGAAAAAAAUAAGCAAAAAUAAUGUGCAACUUUAAAAAGGAAACGGAAAUUGUCUAGAAUAGUGUUGCUCCCCAUACAAUAAAGUAGUUUUGCCCUCAGUAGUAGCGUGUGAGAGCAAAAGUAAGAGAAGAGCCCUUGGCAAGUGUGCGGAAGUAAGUGAGUUGAUUGUGUGUGUUUCUACAUAGUAGUGUCUACGUGAUUGUAAGCAGAGCAACGAGGCACCAUACCAAACUGGGAAGCCAAAACCCAACCACAACAAAGUGAAACAAUCUAAAUUUAAGUCAUCUGCAGUAAAAUAAAGAAAGAAAAAAAAAAAACAGAAACGUUGAAUACCACAACGACUACAACGACGACGACGAGGAUGAGUGUUCGACUUUAGGUUAACAUUUACUAACGGUUUUACAAACAACACACACCUAUAUUGUGGUUGGAUGAGUGUAAACGCAAGUGUGUCCAUAUUGGUUUUAAGUAAACCUACUCUGCUCACAAAAAAAGAAAUUGAAAUCUACCCAAAAGGCAAGGACAAGUUAUUAAGGAUCUUGUGGUCGUCCCAAAAAAUCAUAGAAAUGCUCUGACAAAGUUAAAAGAUAAUUCAAACACUCUUCAAAUUAAUCACAUUAUAAUGAAUUAACUUGAAAAAAGGCAUAGAAGGAAGUGAAAAAGGGUAUACUUAAAGAAAAACUUCCUUAAAAGUAAAGAAAAUUAGAAAAAGUUGAUUUAAAAUGUGAAAGGAACCCCCUUAAAAGAGGUUUACUGCGAGAAGUGUUUGACCUUCUGGGAAAAAAAUGAAAAAACCCGAAUUUUCCAUGACGAAAAAUAAAAGCUAACCAUAAGCCAUAUAAACUUCAAACAUAACAUUUCCAGGGAAGCAAGCUACGAGAAACAAAUAAAACUCCCCAAAAAAAGUAGACGCAAGACCUUUUCUUAUUGCCCAAACAUUUUCAAACAUCAAUCAUCGGCUGAGCCUGGCAACCUUGAACAAAUAAGCGCUUUAUUUUUGUUCAGUCACCCUUAAAUAACCGCGUCUACGCUGUGUGUGUGUGUGUGUGUUAGUGUAAGUCUGUGUGGGUAACUCAUCAACAUGACCGAAAAUAAGGAUAAACUCAAUGACAAGGAAAAGGACAAAAAAGAUGUCGUCGAAUUGACAAAGGACCCUGAAAAGGAUAAAGAUCAACAAGCGCCACCAGCGGCCACAAAGGAGCAAACGCAUCCAGCGGCCCACUCUAAUCAAUUGCAUCCGAAUCAUGGAGCCCAGCAGCAGCAGCAACAACCUUCAGCAGACAGAACUCCAAACAAGGAUGAAUUUGGAACACAACGCGUCUACAAGAAAACUUCACCCAAUUGCGUCCUCACCCUUUAUCUGCCAUCACGUGAGAUAACUUUGUCCGGUAAUACACCAUCCAUAUUGCGUGGCAUUGUUUAUGUGGAUCCAAAAGCCAUACAAGGCUAUCGUGUUUAUGCUCAACUGACACUGACAUUUCGCUAUGGCCGCGAGGAUGAAGAAGUCAUGGGUUUACGUUUCUGCAAUGAGGCCAUUAUGUCAUUACAUCAAAUAUGGCCAAGAAAUGAGGAACCCUCGAGAGAUUCUUUGAGUCCAUUGCAGGAAGCCUUACUGAAACGUCUGGGAGAUGGUGCUCAUCCUUUUACAUUGACUUUAACCGCUCAGGCACCGCCCAGUGUACAAUUGGUGCCGGCUAAACGUUACUAUGGAGCACCCAUUGGCACCAGUUAUGAUGUGCGUUGUUUUAUUGCGGAUAAGACCGAUGAGAAGUUUCAUCGACGAGCUUCCGUCAAAAUGGGUGUACGUGUCAUAUAUCGCACCGAUGUCUUCAAUCAUGGCAUAAAUGGGCCAGAGAACUUUGCAGCUCUUUUCAAUAAUCCCGUAUCCUCACCACCGGUCACACUGGCAUGCACUCAGACCACGGCCACAGCGGCCAUGUCUUCAAGCACCACAACAUCCUCGGCAACAGCACCCACAUCAAAUGCAGCCUCUGAUUCCUCCACACUGGUGGCACAAGAUACCAGCAAUGCUUCAGCGGCAACAAUAGCACCUUCAUCAUCGUCUGGUGUGACAGAGACAAAGACAUCCUGCGGUGGUAAAAGUCGCAAAUCGGAGAGGGGAGAUUCAUUCCCCAAAUUACGUUUGUCACCGAAAUCUUUUCGCUUCAGCAGUCGUUUUGGACGCAGUAAAAGUGAAGUGGAAAAAUGUCCCAGCGAUCCGUUUUAUAAUUACAGCAAAUCGUUUCAAGAGUAUGACAGCGCAGCUGGUGUAACUGCCUGUGGCAGCGGGGGUGGGCCACAAGGUGCUGUCGACAAACCCUUCCUGUUGCAAGAUGGCCGUGUGGGUUUACGUGCCAGUUUGGAUAAGGCCUGGUACACGCAUGGUGAGGAUGUCUGUGUUACCAUCAACAUUCGCAACGAUAGCAGAAAGACCGUACGCAAAGUUCGGGUUUGUGCCAUACAACAUGUCGAUGUUUGCAUGUUUAACAAUGGCAAAUUCAAAAAUGUAGUUGCCGACUCUGAUAGCCUUUCACCGCCACCCAUAGAUCGCACUGUGCCUCCGGGGGCCACUCUGAAUACCACAGUCACACUGAAACCCCAAAGGGGGCCCACCAAAAAUUGGAUAGCCUUGGAGGAUACUCUGCAGCGCAGCACUGAACCGGAUGAAAUCACCGGCGCCAUAGCCGCUUCGGCGGUACGCACUCCCCACUUCCUUAUGCAAGCCACUCACUCGCCAAAUUAUUGUUCCAGUCCUGCAGUGUUUAUACCGCCUGUACAAACCGCCCCCUCGACCAGCUCAAAUCCUUCCACCAAUGAUGAACGCAAUGUCUUUGCCAUUUAUGUCUCCUAUUAUGUUAAGGUCAAAUUAACACUCUCGGGCAUGGGUGGAGAGUUAUCCCUCAAGCUACCCUUUGUCUUAGUUCACAUAGAUGAGGAACAGCGUCACCUAUCAGAAAUGCAAGUUGAAAAACUGGCUCUGGAUGAUGUACCUGCCAGCAAGAAGAAUGGCAAUAAGGUCAAAGCUUCACCAGCCAAAGUUGAAAAUAGCCAAGAAUUUGCCGUUAGCCAUAGUUUGGAUCGCAUAGAGUCUGUGGAUGAUGAACGUGUUCACAUUAAGGUUUCCCAUGUCAACAGCACUGGCAGUAAUGCUAGUGCUUUGAUAUCCAGCACCGAUGAUGAUGAUCAACAGCCCUCAACCAGCCGCAGAAGACCUUUAAUACGCAGUGAAACCAUAGCCAAAGAUUUGGAGGAGGAGACCGUAGGGCGUCCAGAAGAAACCCCCAGCAAGUUGGAACACAUGAUACAUGUGGCUCAGGUGCAUAGCAAUAAUAUGCCCAGAUUUGAAGAACAUCAAGUCGACAAGGAUCACCUAGAGAUGGAGCAUAAAAAUGUUUCAGCCCAAGUCUCGCAUGAGUUGAGCAUAAAUCAGAUACAGGAGGAACAUGCUGUUGACAUCACCAAGAAGGGUGAUGGUUUGAAUAGUGGGGCUGCUGCAGCCACUGCCCCCACAAAUGGAGUGUGAUUUUGAUUAUUGAGACAGAUUUUUCACAAAAAGAAAAUUGGUUAAAUGGCUUUAAUUACAAAAUGGUUUCCAGUAAGAGACAUAGCUGAUAAGAAGUUUAAGAAAAAGAGAGAUUUACAUAAAUGAUCUUAAAAACAUUUAGUUUAAAAAAAUCUUAAUUUUUUUAAGUUUAAUAGUAAGGU